CGUUUUGACAAGAUAGUCACUCAGUAAACCCUAGCAGCGUGCCCUUAUUGGCUCUUUCUGAAUGCCAGUGGCAAUCGAUUGGGUAAAGAGGUAACUACUACAGUGGCGUACAAGACGACGGAAGACAACAAAAACAUUGGGUGCGUCGCCUGUGAUAGCAUAGACUGUGAAAGUAGGUAAUCACGUGAAGACAUUUCGAUAAGAAUUUGAGAAAGUCGUCCAACUGAAAUAGAAUUUUGCGAAGACAAUCGUGAAGAAAAUAACAUGUCAGGUAGCUAGUUAUACAAGUUCAUUUUGAACAUUUGAUCCGGCUCCCCGUGGCACACAAAACAAUUCAACGACCAAUCAGCUAACGUUAGCUAAAGGUAGCUAGCCCGUUACUAUAUUUUUGUAUUCGGGUGUGCCACAUGCAAUGCGAGGAAAUCAUCACCGACCGGUUCGUGGAAAAGACAGAAAUAUCAUAUCACCUCCAGUUUAACAUUGACAGAAGAAGAGGAUAACCAAAAUGUAAUCAACCCUUUUGCAAGUCAUCAGGACUCGAGACAGGUCCUUGGCAGAGUUGCAGUUCUUGACACAAACCGGUGAACCUGGCACCUAUAAGGGAUCAUAGCUUUCACCUGGAUUCACCUGAUAUUUACAAUGAACCACACACAUGAUUGUGUGGAUGACAAUCCAGAAACCAUGAAUGAACAAGAUGAGUCUGACCACUCAGGAACCACACACUACCCAGAAUUUCAGCUCCAUAAUGUCUCCACUACGACGAGCAUCAGACCACGACCAGGUGGGCGAGCUCGGCUCUACUCCGAGUCCCAGGUGUGCUCCCAGGUUGGCAGAAGGGAUGACACAGAGUUUCAGGAUGCAAUAACUCCUACUGAGGAGGGCGGGGGCGAUGGGGCUCCUUUCCGAAGCCGAUCACAGUCUGCUCCUCCUACACUGUGGGCUGCAAAGAAAUAUGGCCGCCAGCUGAGGAGGAUGAGUGAUGAAUUUGACAUCUGGCUUGACAAAGGGGAGCCCAAGAGAGGGAUUAGCCCAGGAGGGGUCAAGCAGGAGGUCUCCCGAGGAUGGUUCUCUUUCCUCUGGAGUCCAAACGAGGCCGAAGGCAGGGAGUGAAAAAGUUCACACCUCUUUCAAAGACCCAGCCAAGGCAAGAAGGAGCUCAUACUCAUUUCCAUAACGACUGGACCACAGCUGAAAUAUUCACGUCCCGUGUGCAUACUUUUGUGGAAAUUACAGUAUUUUUAUGGAAAAUAUCACCAGUUCAAAUGUGACCUUUUUGUACAAUCAAAUCAAACAUUAUGUAAAAAUUCACUGCAUAAUUGAAAAUAUGUUGCAAUAAUUAACAAUAACUUAUUCAGUGCAUAAUAGAUGCAUUUUCUAAGCGACAAUCUCUUGUGCUACUGACAUAUUUUUAACAUAUGUAUAAAUACGUAUAACAAAUAUUUCCAGAGAAAUUUCAUAAAUUGUUUUAUUGAAAAUGUUUUACAUUUGUAGGUAUGAAUUUCAAGACCUAAUAAUCAAUGGUUUGAAGUUCACAAAAUGUAAAUAUACUUUCGAGAUUCUUAAAAUAUGAAACGUGUGAAAGAACUGAUCUGUGAGGACAAUAAUUAUUAGACAGAUAUGUUGUAUGUUGAACACAAUUUCCUAUUAUACAUAUUUUUGUCCCGAUUUCAAUCGUUAGCUAUGCUAGUCUAUUGAAUGCUUUAUUCUGCAAAAACAAAUUCUGACUUCACAUAUGCUCUUACAACUCUUCAAUUCAGGGUUUUGACAUUCAACAAUUAUCCUCAUACAUACUUUGACUGAUACACUCAGUUUAUUUUGGUAUUUAUCUUAAACUUAAGAGACUGUACAUUUCAUAAUGUUCUUUCAUUUGCAAUCAUCUUUAAUUUAAUAUGUAUAUUUUUUUCAAUUGUAUAUUAUGCAUACCAAUAUUUAAAACAAAAAUGAAGACAUAAUUACAAUCCAGGCCAUAUACACCCUUCUCAACUGCCUUAUAAGCAAAUAUUCUGAAUCCUGUUAAGUCUUCGGUUGAAGAAAUAUGAGUGUAUAGAUAGGGCAGUCUGGUGUAGAACAACUAUGGUCACUGCCUUCAGUUAUAACUGAUAUUCUACUUGAAACUUUUUGUGUCUUAACAGUUUGAUAUUUCUCCUUUUCAUUAAUAACUGUUAACUGUUUUUACAUCUUUUUAGCAAGUAACAGAUGAAAUGUUUGAAAAUGUCUUAUUAAAACUAGUGCUGCACCGAUAUAACA